AUGCUGCGGAGUCGCCCAGCUCGAUGCUGGCGGACCUUGCACAGACGCCCUCUCUCAAUACGAAGUCUCAACUCCGAGGGAUUUGCACAUAAUCCCCCGCCAUGGAGACCUGUCUCGGCUCUGGAUGAAUUUGUCGAGCGCCAGAUUCGGCCGAUCAGUUUACGGCAGCUCACUUUCUUCGGACGAACCUUGACUGAAUCAAGACUAAUCAGCUCAGCAAACUACGUGCGCACCGAGCUUCCAACGAGAUUAGCACAUCGUCUUCGAGAUAUACAAAAGCUACCAUAUGUCAUUGUCGCUAACCCUCACUUCUCCCUGGUAUACGAACUUUACUAUAAGGCGUUUGAGAGGUUUCGCACCGUCCCAGAAAUACGAACCCUUGAGGAUAACGACAGGUUUUGUGACAUCUUACGCAAGACGCUCACAGAGCACCUCGUCGUGAUACCGAGGUUAGCUAUGGGAGUACUUGAAUGUCGUGGUCUGCUGCCUUCCGACGCAAUGGAUGAAUUCAUGAAUACUUUGCUUAGGGCGAGAAUUUCCCGUCGGGUCAUUGCGGAACAACACCUUGCAUUAACGGAAACAUUCAACUCGCCGUGGCACUUUCCCGGAUCGCAGGAUAGGACAGACCUGAACGCAGACUUCGUCGGUGAAGUGUUCCUGAAAUGCAAUGCCAAAGAGGUCGUAGAACGGUGCGGCAAGUUGGUACAGGACAUGAUUCGACAAAGCACUGGGUCCGACAAGAUUCCAGAAAUCUCCGUGCAGGGGCACCUAGAUGCCACAUUCCCAUAUAUGCUCAGUCACUUAGAGUACAUAAUCGGGGAGCUCCUGCGUAAUUCAGUCCAGGCUGUCAGUGAAAAAUACCAGGACUUGCAGCAAACGCCGCCGCCUAUUGAGGUGCUCAUCUGUGAAGCACCUCAACAUGUUAUCAUGCGUGUCUCUGACCAAGGCGGAGGAAUACCGCGAGAGAUCAUGCCAUACUUAUGGUCUUUUACCAAAGGACCUCACAGCAAGGUGCGACUUGAAAAUCUAGGACAGGUCCCAGCAAUGGCAGCCACAUUGCAAGAGCUCUCAGUGUCCAGCGAUAUAAAACAUGCGGACAAGGAAACGUUCCGCGAAAGCUCACUAGACACACUAACUUCGCGGCUUCCAGACCUACGGCUGGGCAUCGGACUCCCGAUGAGCAGAGUCUAUGCGGAGUACUGGGCAGGUAGCCUGGAACUGCAUAGCUUGGAGGGAUACGGCGUGGACGCUUUCCUUCAGAUAUCGAAACUCGGUAACAAGAACGAGCAGGUCACGACGAGAGCGGCAAUUGAUGCCGUGUGA